AGUCAUGUUGCUGAAUCCCUGGAACUCUUAGGAGAGUGCAAAGAUUCACACGGACAGUUCAGCGCUGUGUAUGCUAAUGCUGCAGCCAUACGGCAAGGAAAUUGUGGGAUAACUGUAUUAUAGCUACCCCCAAGAUACCUGCAUACCUUUGGCUACCAGUGGUUUAUUAGGGAGCACUAAUUGCAUUUUCUGGAUGGGCAAGCAGGUAAAAAUGAGAAUGCAGAGACACAAUGCAAAUAGAAAGAGCAAAAUAAAUUGGAACUAAUUUUAGCCGGUAUCCAGAUUUCUGGGGUCAAAUGUCACCUCACUUGUGUUUUCGGGUCAUCAGCCUUGUCAUGUUACUGCAGUGCAAUAUCAGUAUGAGAAAAGGAAGAAUUAGGACCAGAGCAGGUCCCUUUGCUCCCCCAGCCCAAGCAGGCCCCGUGGCAAAGGCCCAGGGCUGGAAAUCCAGCUGCACACGUGAGCAGGCGUGACGCUCUCCUGUUGCAGCUCCCUGGCGUGCAGCUACGCGUGUUGGGACCUGCCUGUGCAGCUCCUGUCCCAGCUUGGCGUGGUUUGCAGGAGGCACUUCACGGGCCAUAGGUGGGGCGUUGCUAUUUGCCGAGGAGUGUGUUUGGAUGCAACAGUAAUGGUGAGCCGCCGCGGCUCAUCCACCGUCAACAAGCUCAGUCCUUGGAGCAGGACUGAACCAGCCAGCAAAGGGACCAGGAACUGGGACCACAGCCCGUCUGGAGCUUUGCUCAGCUCUGUCUUGCUUUUAGCAGGAGCUCUGCAGAAAUGGCUCAAGAUGACACCUCUCCCUUCUGUGCCUUAACAUAAAAAAGAGUUUGGCCCUAAAGAAAUAACUUUUUUAAAGAACACAGGGAAAAUACUGAUUUACAAGUUAUAGCCCUGCAUUGGGGUACAGCUGUAGUCUGCACCAGGUUAUCAAAAUUGGGGAGAGAUACAUGAAGCUUUACGUGGCCUUGCUGAGCCCCAGGUCUCAGCUGCAGAGUGAGAGCCCGUUCUCCCCCCAGUUAGCUCAGCAGCCCUUUCUGUUUUACUUUCUUUCCUAACCAUCAUUUAUUUCCUUCUGCAGUAGUGUACAGACCAGACGCAUCGGUCUCCCCCUCUCUCUCCACCUCCUUUCCAGCCAUGUGACUGAGCACUCCCUGCAUCAACUAAAACUUUUCAGUCUCCAGGAAACCUUGAUUUCCUUUCCACCCGCUCCACACUGAGAAGCAGCAUCUCUCAAACCUGCAGCUGUGCUGGCCAUGGGGAGAAGCGCACGGCAGUUCAUCUUGCUGACCUUCACCUGUGCAUUUUCCUCCUGCUUUGCUGAAGUCACCCCAGGGGUUGAACUGUCUCCAGAAACCAUAUCCUUCCACCAUACGGCUAAUUCCGCUCAGCCACUUUCCCUUUAUCAUUCUUCACCCCAUCAAGGCAGCACAGUUAAUUUUAACAGCACAGGCUCUCUUAAAACAACACCCAUAAGCCAUAGAACAACUGUCCAGACAACAGAUCAGCAGCAGGUAACAACAGCACCAGGCCAUCACACAACAGCCCAGUCAGGAGCAACCACCAUGCAAGUGACCAGCCAGAAAUCUCCCCUGGUGGUAUCCACAACAUCAGCAGACAACACAACUGCAGUUGGUCAUACAACAACCCAGGCAAUGGAAACAAUUACACCUGCAGUGAAGAACACAACUACGCCCGCUGUGUCCUCAACCAAGCAAGCCAGAACUCAUGUGAGCACAGAAACGACAGCGGCAAUCACAAACACAACCAUAUACACAAGCCAAACACCAUAUACACAAACGCCAAAUACACAAAUGACAGCUGCUGCCAUAAGCACUACAACAACCACCACACAAACUGUAAAGCCCACCACAGGGUCAGGAAAUCAAACAACGGCACCUCAAAGUCCAACAGCCACAGCCGUGACCAACAGAACAACCGUUCAUCCAGGGACUCAAACAACCAUCUCAUCUACUACAAUGACAGUGAGACCCACUCUUGCACCGCAGCCCCCUCCCAUCCCCACUGGCACAUACACCGUUUGCAGUGGGAACAAGACCUGCAUCAAGGCAGUCAUGGGUUUGCAGCUGAUGGCUCAACAUACACAGACGAAGCAGAUAGAGUACAUGGCUGUCAACCCCAAUGCGACACAGACGUCUGGAAGCUGUGGCACGGUGCAGUCUGAGCUGAACAUAUCUUUCAGUGGAGGAUUUAUAAACUUCAUCUUUGCAAAGCAAGCUCCAACAUACUAUGUCAGCAAAAUUGAGGCCAGAUUACAGUUAUCUUCUGAAGGCAUGUUUUACUAUGCAGCCAUACAUGAGAAGCUGUUUACAACAAAGCUGGGGAAUUCCUUUAAGUGUGCCAGCAAGCAAACCUUUGGCUUGGAGAAGAACUUCCAGCUACUCUUGGUUAAUAUGCAGCUGCAGGCAUUUGAUAUUGUUGGUAACCAGUUUGGAAAAGAAGAAGAAUGUUUUCUUGAUAAAAACAGCAAAGCAGCUCCCAUCGCAGUGGGCCUGAGUAUCCUGGGAUUGUUUGUCAUUGUGUUUGCCACUUUCCUGAUUUCCAGAAGAAAGCCGCAUCGAGGAUACGAACGUAUCUGAGGUGCCCUUGUACUUCCAAAUGGGUGUAGCAAGUAGAGAAGUUAUGGGAGUUUUAGCUUCUACUUAGAAAUUUCACCUGAAGCCGUAUUUUCAAGUGGGAUGACAACAUGUGUUUAAAGCUAGAGAAUAUUUCUGGAAGUGAUUUCUUUAAGGUGGGAAGGUGAAAACUCACACCGUCUACUUUAGGCUAUUCUUAGCAUCUAAUUUAGACUUAGUCCAGAGACCCAAAGUGAGGAGCAUAAAUUCUUUAUAUUAUCAACAAAGGAGGCAAUUCAAACCACUUAAGUCAGAUGCCUAAAAAUAGCUUAAAGGGAGCAGUAUCGCUUUUUCCCAGAAAAUCCAUCAGAUUUGUUAAAGAUAGCAUUUAGAUUUAUUAAAAUAGAUGAGUCCAGUAAUAUGACCUUCAAGUGAAUUAACCAGAGGUGCACAGCUACAGACAACCCUGUUAAAUCAGAGCUCAGUGAAAGCCUCGUGGGAACUGUGUGUAUGCUGAAGUCUCAGGCCAAGUGUAAGUGUGUCUUCCAUUCACAAGCAAGUUCUCACCAUUCCUAUAACAGGGUUACACUUCGUAACUUCUUGGUUUUUUCCUGCCAAGUCCUUCACAAGGACGUAGUGGUUAUAUGUGACUCUACCUCUGGAGGUGGUAUUUUUAGAAAAUUUUCUAGUUUCCAGUGACUAUGUAUGCAAAUAAGAGAUUACCCAGCUGAGGUCAUACAGGGUCUGCCUGACCAGUGCGUGCCAAAAUUAUCACUUGUCAUUGCUUAUCUCAGCCCUGCUGCAAAGAUGUCUGAACUUCUCGCCAGUAAUUCUUGAACUGCAGCCUCAUAAUGCACAGCACACUAGAGCAAGCUGACAUUGGUAAAUUUAUCCUAAAGUGUUACGCUGCAAACUGCACAACUGAGGAGCUGACUGAUGGGCAGGUGAGGUGUCUGUGCAGCAGAACUGGGCAGGUGUUUGUUUGGAGGCAGUAACUCCAUCCAUCCGCCACAGCAGACCAAGCCACCCCACUUGGCAGUCGGUGCUCAAGGCACUGCAUCCCUUUGCCACACGUUUGUAACACAGUGUGGAGAAAGCUAACAUGAGGGUCUGAAAGCACUGACACGUGGGCUGGCGCUGAGGAUGCCAAUGUAAUAGAUGGGCACUGGGGUGAAUUUGUUUGAUAAAUUCAAGGAGCUUAAUAUUUCGUGGUCUUUUGAGAGCUCAUGCAUCACCCGCUUCCUAUUCAGGCAUGGACCCGUUACAGUGACUGCUGCUGAACUCAGUAACUGCCCCGCUACUGAGGCGGCAGCACUGUGAUCUCUCUUAAUCUAGGAAGACACCACACUCGCAGAAAAUGCCAGGGAUUAAGUGGCCACAAUUGUGGUAGACCUGCACAAGGUCCAUGAGCAAAUGGAAAUCCACUGGCGCUGUAUGGUCGAGGCUUCUGUGGGAAACAAAAGCUCGCAGAGGCCUUGGACAAACUCUCUGCCCAAAAGGGAAUGCUAUCUAGUGUGCUCACAGCUGAGCAGCUGGAUUCUCAUAUGGAAAUAAUUUGGAGUUGCUUUAAAGCACACUGAUACGCUCUGUAGUGUGUUUCCUGCUAAGCCAAUGAUGAAGGCAUGAAAGUAGUAAUUGCUUUUGAGAUUAAGUUCAGCUAAUGUUCUUUGUUGUAAUAAGGAAAAUCUUACCACAAAAGAUUUACAAAGCUAAACAUAUCCACAAAUGUGCACAUACACGUGCACAUACCACACAAUCUGUUUACUGCAGCAAACGGCAUCAACAUUAUAAUAAAUGACAUACAGAAACAUUUACAAAAGAAAAUAAUAUUAAAUAACAGCACACUUCCCCCUUAGGAGUUAGAGUAAUGGCUUAAAUUCUACCAAUAAAAGCUUUGCUUAGAAAAGGACCGCGGAAUGGCACCCAUUAAACAUAAGAAAGACUGAAGUCAUCUGCAAAAAUUCCUUGUCAUUACUUUAAUCUGGAUCUAAAUAAAACAGAAAUGCUGGGAGCUAAUUUAAUUUCCAUUAAUAAUGGCCCAAAUCCUGAGCAAUUACUAAUGGUGAUAGAACCUCACUGGAUUUUCACUGAGUAAAACUGACAAUAUUUUGUGAGUUCAAUUUCCCUUAAGUAUUUUUAAAAUAGUUUUGAUAUUUCACUAGUAUUUAACCAUUGAGAGUUUACUUAUUUAAAUUAAAGAAGAAAAUAAAUCCUUUUGUGCCAUUAAUUACUAGAAGAUGCUGGUCUGUGUCAAGCAGGAAACAUGGUCAUGCUGUUCCAAAAUUGACGUAAUAUGUAGCUGUGCAAGUAAUUAAGUCUCCAGAAAUGUUACAUUUGAAUCUGAAUGAACCAAUAAAUAAGAAAGAUAAAGACAAUUUUGAAGCACUUUUGCACUGGGAGAAACAAAGACAGAAGUCAGAACCAGCUGUGAGCAAGGGAGGCAGAUGAAUAUGAUUAUAAAUUAGCACAAGAAACUGAACACCAAAUUUUCCAACCUUUAACACAGAUAAAGUGGUUUGAACUGUAUUCAGUUGAAUACUCAAAUUGAAAUCUGAGUAUUUCAAUUAUUGUUUUGUAAAAGGUUCCAGCACUGUUAAUACUGUUUAGUGAACUUUAUCUAGCUUAUUUUCACCCUUCUUCCUUCCCUCCCCAGUUAGUGGACAAGCAGCCCACUGACCUCAGUGGCCACUGUUCAGGCCUUUAGCUUAGUAAGAUCCCUCUAGUUCCCAGGGUUAGCUAAUACUGCUCAUCUGUUGUUUAGAAAGCAUCUUUUUAUACUCGAGUAAAGCAUUAACUUUUUUAAGAAGCAAGAGAAUCGAUGAGAUGUCCAGCAGUAAAUGUAAAUAUUUGAAAAUAAGCCUAUGUAUGCAGUAGUCCCAAGCCAUUACAUGUGGACGUUUUAACGACAUACGCUGCCUAAACAGCUCAGCACCACACAUGAUCUGACCCUAAGCCGUUGUGACUAGUGAUCGAUAGACAUCUUUCCCAUUCAAAACUAAGUCCUAUUUCACAUGUUAUUUGGAUGGUUGGGUUGCCCGAUCUGUACAGUUUGUUAAUUCUGCUGAUACAGCGUUUUUUUGUUGUGUUUGGUACUGAAGAAUCUCUUCAUGUUAAUAUUCAGUGUUUUAACAUUUUGUAUCAACAUGAGGAGAGAAAACUGUUCUUAAUAACUGAUAAUUCUGUGUUUAAUCUUGUAACACCCUCUGGCAUUUUUACUGAUGAUGCAAGGUUAAUGUUUUUUUUCCCCCCACUUUUUUCUUUCUACAGUGAUUCAGACUAUUGGUAUUGAACAAUGUUUGGAUUCAGGUUUACUCAAUUUGUUCUUAUGCUUUUUAUUGCUAUUAUUUGUUUGCUGUUUUUAUGAAGCUGCAUACUGCCCUUUCCAGAUGAAUAAUACUCUAGGCUUGCUCUAAAUGGCACAGGUAAAGUGCACGUGGUAUAAAACUAUGAAACAACUGGAUGCUCCCGUGAAACACUGCCAACAUGCAGCAAAAUGAAUCCAGUGGAGUUAGUGCUUUACAGUAACGGAGGAUCCACUGGAGAAUUCCUUACUGCAUCAGGAGACCCCAGCCCCUAAGAGCAACCUUUCUCCCACCUGCAGCCCAGCCUGCAUGCCCUCACCUCCUCCCCUGACCACAAAACACACAGCCUGCAGCAGGGAUGUGGGUCAGCAUGCCAGCACAGCAGGGAGCGUUGCCUCUCUGAAUUUAAUGCUGAAUUAGAAUUAGACAGCCCAGCUGCUCCCCGAGUUGCCAUGUGCAGCUUUUAAAGCUGACACCAGUAUAUAUAUUCUGCCAGAAUUUAGGUAGAUAUUUGGCUGGCAUUUUUUUAUCUGAUGGAGUUGCUUUCACGUCCUCCUCCCAGUGGGAAGACUCUAUAGGUGUAAUUGGUCUUGGUUGCCAGACCUUUUUUAAACAGCUUUUCUGAGGAAACAUUUUGAGCCAAAAGUCCUUAAAAGAGCACCGUACAAAGAAGAGGCUCUUAUGAUAAAAUAGUUGUACACUAGGUGGGUCAUAACAGUUACACCAUGAGCAGGAGUGCCCGGUUUCUUUGCUUUCAGUCAAUAUGGAUGUAAAUGAAAACAGUACUUUCUAAGUCUGGCAGAUUGCUUCCCUCCCAGGGCUGCUCUUUGCCAUAGUCAGGCUCUUGUUCAGCAACCUGCUCAUUGCUUGGGACAAGGGUUUACCAACCAACCUGCCCUAAAAAUCUGCAUGCCAAAAACCUUCACAUAGUCAGCAUGAGACCAUGUACUAAGAGAGAUGAGGGAAAAGCACAGCCUGCUGUGGGAGGGGGCAAGGUUGCAGCUGAGUCCCAGUGUGACCAGCAAUGUUGAGCCCCAGCUCACCUUUCUCCCCAGUUACGGGCUCAGAUCAACCCAUCCCCAAAGCAGAAGCUAUUGAUCAUGACGUGAUGUGUCCCAUCAGGGAAGCUACGCUUAACUUGCUUGCGAGCAAGUGCUGGUCAGGAUACAGCAGGGCCACUCACAGAAAUUGGGAAGUGAGCACGUCCCUGUAACUCCCUGAUGCUCCGCUGCAGCUCUCACCCCAGACCAUUCACUGUGGUCUCUUGCACACCCCAGGUAGACACAAGGGCACCCCAUGCGCGUGACGAUGUCAUACUUCGACAAACUGCCAAAGUUUAUAAAGUAAGAAUUAAUUUCUUUCAGUGCUUUUUGCUCUCUGGUGGACGAAGUUCAAAUUGAAAAACAGCUGUUAAUUCUGGUUGAAAGAGGAAGGGAGAUGUAGAUUAGCAUCUUGAGUGUAUGAUAAUGGUUUGAUUGAUCACUUCUAGCUUGCUAUAAUAUAUGGUUGCUAAAAAAUAAUUUGCUAUGAGAACUAAGAUAUGCUCUUUAUUUUUCUAUUAUUGUUGUCUCUAUAAUAAAGGUUAUAUUUAGUCAUUAAA